AUGGACACCAUAAUCUUGUGGUUGUCCCUUGCACUUUUUCUGUCCUUCUCCACCGGGCAAGAGACAGGUAGCGUAGCCCCGAAGGAGGACGUCCCGGAGGGAGCAUCCACCCUUGCGUUCGUCUUUGAUGUAACCGGCUCCAUGUACGAUGACCUCGUCCAGGUUAUCGAGGGCGCGUCCAAGAUUUUGGAGACGUCCCUAAGCAGACCCAAGAGACCCCUGUACAAUUUUGCCCUGGUCCCCUUCCAUGACCCAGAGAUCGGACCUGUUACUAUCACAACAGACCCCAAGAAGUUCCAGUAUGAGCUGAGAGAGCUGUAUGUCCAGGGUGGUGGGGACUGUCCUGAGAUGAGCAUCGGUGCUAUCAAGAUUGCAUUGGAGAUCUCCUUGCCGGGGUCCUACAUUUAUGUAUUCACAGAUGCACGAUCUAAAGAUUACAAGCUGACCCAUGAAGUCCUGCAGCUCAUCCAGCAGAAACAAUCACAGGUGGUGUUUGUGUUGACAGGGGACUGUGAUGAUCGGUCGCACAUUGGCUACAAGGUUUAUGAGGAGAUUGCCUCUACCAGCUCUGGGCAGGUCUUCCAUCUAGACAAGAAACAGGUCAAUGAGGUUCUGAAGUGGGUGGAGGAAGCAGUGCAGUCAUCCAAGGUCCACCUGCUAUCCACCGAUCAUUACAGUGGGGUCAGCAACACCUGGCAGAUGCCCUUUGACCCCAGCCUCAAGGAGGUCACUGUGGCCCUCAGUGGUCUGGCACCUGACAUCGAGAUACGAAACUCACAGGGGAAGCUAAUAGGGAAGAGUGAUGGCCUGACUGAGCUCCUGCACAUUCCUAACUCUGCCAAGGUUGUCAACAUCAAGGACCCACAGCCUGGGAUGUGGUCCAUCAAGACAUCUAGCCAAGGGAGACACUCUGUACGAAUCUCAGGUCUUAGCACCAUUGACUUCCGUGCUGGAUUUUCCAGAAAGCCCACAAUGGACUUUAAGAAGACCAUAAGCCGUCCAGUUCAAGGUAUUCCUACCCACAUCCUUCUGAACACCACUGGGCUUUCUCCCCCUGCUCGUGCCGAUAGGCUGGAGCUCCUGUCAAUCACGGGAGAAGUGAUGAAAACCUUACCGAUCCGAUACUACCCUGAACGCCAGCCAUAUGGCCUCUGGAACAUCACAGAGUUCAUUCCACCCAACGAGGCCUUCUUUCUGCGAGUAACAGGAUAUGACCGGGAUGGAUUCCUCUUCCAGAGAGUCUCCAGCGUUUCCUUCUCCAGUAUUAUUCCAGAUACUCCCAAGGUGCAGAUGAUAGCCACCACCCCUGGUUAUUAUCUCCAAAGAGGGACUAUCAGCUGUAAGGUAGAGAGCCUUAUUCCAUUCACCCUGCGCUUCACCAGGGAUGGAAAACGUCUGGGGGUGGACCAGCUCUUCAGGGGGUCAGACCAUGCAUUAUGGGAGAUAGCACAGGUUACUUUAAAGGAUGAGGGCUAUUAUGAGUGCAUUGCUGUCAGCAACGCUGGGACUGGACGAGCUCGCACAUUUCUCGACGUAUCAGAGCCCCCUCCAGCUAUUACUGUGGAGGGUAAUGUGACCAUCUCCCCCGGCUCCCACACUGUCCUCACCUGCCAUGUUGUCAGCACGGUCAGCUUCAACCUCACCUGGCUGAGAGGUGGUCAAGACGCCCGUCUAGACCCGCGGGUACACAUCCUUGCCAACCUCUCGCUGGAGGUGGACGAUGUAACCUUAGAUCACGAGGGUUGGUACGAGUGUAUCGCCAUCAAUGAGGGAGGGGUGACCUUGGAACAAAUUUACCUCACUGUGCAAGAGCCACCCAGGGUGUCAGUUGAACCUCGGAACCAGACAUUUGUGACAGGACAGGAAGUAAGGAUCAGGUGCUCCGCUAGUGGCUACCCAGCUCCUCGCCUGCUCUGGACUCACAAUGACAUGUUCGUCAUGGGAUCCAACAGACACAGGAUGACCACCGAUGGAACAUUGAUAAUGAAGAAGAUGGAGCAGAAAGAUGGUGGGAUUUAUGGCUGUCUGGCCAGUAACCAGGCUGGGACAGAUACACAGAUCUCCAUCCUCACUUACAUUGAAUCUCCCGUGGUAAUGGUGGUCCUGAGUGAGGUUCUUGUUGGUUUGAGAGAAACAACAGUGAUGGCCUGCUCCUCAUCUGGAAUCCCUAAGCCCGAGAUCUGGUGGUACAAAGGGGGCCUCCAGCUACAUUCAUCAUCCUUCAUGGACAUUGACAUCCUUGGAGGGACACUGACCAUCAAGGAGGCCCAGGAUGUGGAUGCUGGGGAGUACACCUGUGUGGCUGUAAACCCUGCGGGCACCUCUUCAGGAAAGGUGACUCUGGAUGUCGGAGCUGCUCCAAGCUUCACACAAGAGCCAACUGACGUAGCAAUGGACAUUGGGUCCAACCUGACUCUACUGUGCCAAGCCCAGGGUUAUCCUGAACCACAGGUUACCUGGAAGAGAGAGGAUGGCUCUCUCCUCUUCAAAAGGCCCCACACAAGAAGCACCAUCACACAGAGCAGGGGGGCGUUACACAUCAUUAAUCUGUGGGUGGAGGAUGAGGCUGUGUAUGUGUGUGAGGCACACAAUCACUUUGGUAGGAUCCAGACCCAGGCCAGGGUUACAGUGACUGGACUCGCCUCCCCCGUCAUUGCGAUGAGUCCGAGUGUGCUCGGUGUGAUUGAGGACCAGCAGGUGACUUUGCCCUGUACGCUGCUAGCAGGGAACCCUCUGCCAGAGAGGCAGUGGCUACACAACUAUGGCCUGGUGACCACAGACCAGUAUGUGACAGUGAGGAAGGAUGGCAGUCUUCAUAUUGAGAGAGUCAGGCUGGAGGAUGAAGGAGACUAUACCUGCCUGGCUGAGAACGUGGUGGGAGCAAGCAACCGCACCACCACCCUCAAUGUUUACGUGAUUCCCAGCAUCCAGCAUGGCCCUCAGGUGUUCAGUACAAUCGAGGGCACACCCAUCUCUCUGCCAUGCCGUGCUCAUGGGGUGCCCGUCCCAGACAUUGUUUGGGCCAAGGGUGGAGAGCUGCUGAACCUGGGUGGUCCGGCCUUCUCCCUGGACUCUGACGGCGGCCUCCACAUCGCCUCCCCAUCUGGGAAUGAGACAGGAGAGUUCAUCUGCACAGCCACCAACGCUGCUGGCUACAGCUCAAGGAAGGUUCAACUUACUGUCUACGUCCGUCCUAGGUCCGGUGGAGGUGAUGGGGGUCUGGAGGGGUCUGCAGAGCCGUUUCGGGUGUCUUCAGUAGAGGGUGCAGAUAUCACUUUGCCCUGCGAGGUCCACAGUGUUCCACCCCCCAUUGUUACCUGGGCCAAGGAGAGGCAGCUGAUCUCCCCCUUCUCCCCCAGACAUACACAGCUUCCUUCUGGCUCUUUGAAGAUAAUGGAGACCAGAGUCUCUGACAGUGGCCUGUAUGUGUGUGUCGCGUCCAACAUCGCCGGCAACCUCACCCAGUUGGUUCACCUCAGUGUUUUGGUGCCCCCCAGUAUCCAGGCAGGUCCGAGGGUCAUGAAGGUACAGGUGGGGUAUCCCGUAGAGCUGCCCUGUGUGGUGCAGGGGGUCCCAGAGCCCACUGUCACCUGGGUAAAGGAUGACAGGCAGUACUCAGUAUCCUCUGAUGGUAGCCUUGCCCUGAGCCAUGUGGGGCUCGACGAUGAAGGGACCUACACCUGUGUGGCAUUGAACAGUGCCGGAAGAGAUGAAGCUCAGAUUCAGCUCCUGGUGCAAGUACCCCCUGUGGUAGAAGUACUAGAGCCCCCAUUCAACAGUCCCCUGCAGGAGAGAGUGGCAAACCAGCGCAUUGCCUUCCCCUGCCCUGCCAAAGGACUUCCUAAACCAGUGAUCAGGUGGUUAAGGAAUGGACAGGAGCUGACAGGUAAUGAGCCUGGUGUGUCUAUCCUGGAGGAUGGUACCCUGCUCAUCCUGGCAUCCGUGUCACCUCUGGACAAUGGCGAGUAUGUCUGUACUGCCGCCAACGAUGCUGGAUCAACUGAGAGGAAGUACCAGCUCAAAGUCAACGUGCCCCCAAAUAUCCAUGACAGUGAGUUGCCAGGCAAUGUGUCAGUGGUUCUGAGCCAGCCAACUAGCUUGGUGUGUGAUGUCACAGGAAGCCCCACCCCCGUCAUCACCUGGUACAAGGAUGGGAUUCCUGUAGUUCCUAGUGGCAGCAUCCAGAUCCAUGAUAAAGGAAGAACUCUGAAGCUGCUGAAGGCAGCCACAGCAGAUGCAGGCAGCUACAGCUGUAAAGCCAUCAACAUUGCUGGCAACACUGAGAAGGGCUUCUUUCUGGAUGUGCUGGUUCCACCCACCAUCAUAGGGUCAGGCUCUCCUCGAGACGUUUCAACCGUUGUCAAUCAGGAGAUCAGUCUGGAGUGCAAGGUCAAAGGAGUGCCCUUUCCCACAAUCAAAUGGUUCAAGGACAGGAAGCUUGUGUUCCUGGGUGAUCCCAAUCUGGAAGUCACAAACAGAGGUCAGAUUCUGAAGAUCAAAAGUGCCCGUCUGGGGGAUCAGGCCCGCUACCAAUGUAGUGUCACCAAUGCCGCUAGCAAACAGUCCAAGGAUUUUAAUCUUAGUGUCUAUGUACCCCCCACCAUCAAAGGUGGGAAUGUAACAAUGGAGAUCACAGCCCUCCUGGACACGAUGGUAAUGCUGGAGUGUGAGGCACGCGGUGUGCCCCUGCCCAUCAUCACCUGGUACCGUAACGGAGAGCCCUUACUUUCCAGUCGACAAGCCCAGUACGUAGAACGAGGACAUUACCUGAAGAUCAACCAGGCACAGGCGUCGGAUGCCGGCAUGUACACCUGCAAGGUGACCAGUGUGGCCGGGACUGCUGAGAAGAGCUACGACUUGGAUAUCUAUUUGCCUCCUACCAUCACUGGGGGUGGUGAUGGUCCCACAGAGAGGAAGGUGGUCCUCAGCAAGCCGCUGACCCUGGAGUGUGAGGCUGGGGGUCACCCCCCCCCCUCCCUCACCUGGCUGAAGGACGGCGUUCCUGUGCAGGAUGGGGAAAGCAUCCGUAUCCUCCAGCAUGGGAGGAAGAUGGAGAUCCUCUCUGUCACGGUUUCUGAUUCAGGGCGCUACGUUUGUGUGGCAACCAGUGUUGCCGGGGAGAAGGGGAUCAAGUACGACGUCAACGUUUCAGUGCCUCCUUUUGUUGAUGGAGGAGAUGAAGUCACAGACAGCACAGUGAUCAUCAACAGCCCUUUGGAGCUGGAAUGUCACGCCACUGGAACACCUGCACCUGUCGUCAUGUGGUUUAAGGAUGGCAAGCCAGUCAGACAGGGUGAGGGGGUUCGGGUGACAGCCGGUGGUCGUCGGCUGGUUGUUUCCCGUGCUCAGGUCUCAGACACAGCUCGUUUUCAGUGCGUGGCCACCAAUGAGGCAGGAGAACAUGAGAGGGACUUCAAUGUGGUCGUCCAUGUACCUCCUACCAUCCGCUCCACGGGGCCUGCUGAACGCUCUGUGGUCCUCCAUAAGCCCAUCAGUCUUCAGUGUGUCCCUAGCGGCAUCCCUCCUCCCAGCAUCACCUGGCUCAAAGAUGGCCGACCUGUUGACACAGCACAGGAGCACCUCAAGCUGGAGUCAGCAGGCAGAACACUGCAGGUCACGGAAGCAAGACUGGAGGAUUCUGGGAAAUACACCUGUGUGGCCACCAAUGCCGCUGGAGAGGCCCAGCAGCACAUACGCCUUAGUGUCCAUGAGCCUCCCAGUAUCCCCUAUUCUGGAGAGAUCAUCAACCAGACUAUCCUGUCUGGCUUUUCCACUCAGAUGGAGUGCAAGGCCACUGGCCGCCCAUUACCUGCCAUCACAUGGUACAAAGAUGGCCGUCCUCUGACUAGUGCUGCUGGGGUGACCAUGAUGAAGCGUGGCCAAGUGCUGGAGAUUGAGCGGGCCCAAGUGUCGGACUCUGGGAUGUACCGUUGCGUGGCAGUAAAUGUGGCCGGAACUGCUGAGAUGUUGCACAGCUUGCAGGUAUACGUGCCACCUGUCAUCUCCAGCCGCAGCAGCAUGGUGACAGUGGUGGUGAAUGAAGCUGCUCAGCUGGAAUGUGAGGCCACAGGCGUUCCCCUGCCCAGUCUCACGUGGCUCAAAGAUGGCAGCCCUGUGGCCAGUGUUUCAGACGGCAUUCAGGUGUUAUCUGGUGGUCGGGUGCUGUCUCUCAGCAGUGCACAGGUGAGUGACACAGGCAGGUACACCUGUGUUGCUGUCAACGCUGGAGGGGAGCAACAAAGGGAUUAUGACCUACGAGUGUAUGUGCCGCCAAACAUCAUGGGUGAGGAGGUGAAUGCCACAGUGAUGCUGGGACAGCCAGUGGAGCUGCGUUGUCAGAGUGAUGCAAUACCUCCACCCAUUCUGUCCUGGCGCAAAGAUGGCCGUCCCCUCUUCAGAAAGCCUGGCCUGAUCAUCUCAGAGGAUGGAAGUCUGCUUAAGAUUGACAGCACUCAGGUACUAGACUCAGGCAGAUACACAUGUGAAGCAACCAACAUUGCUGGGAAGACAGAAAAGAACUACAACCUCAAUGUUUGGGUUUCUCCCAGUAUCCGUGGGUCAGAGGAAGUGUCAACCCUAACAGUGACUGAAGGAAGUCUCAUCACUCUAGUGUGUGAGUCAAGCGGUAUACCCCCUCCCAGCCUCAGCUGGAGGAAGGAUGGUGUGGAGUUCAAGUCAGAUCAGCGGGUCAAGGUUUUGUCAGGAGGUCGCCAGCUGCAUAUCUCCAGUGCAGAGAGAACAGAUGCAGCGUCCUACACCUGUAAAGCCUCCAGUGCUGCCGGCAGCACCUCCAAAGAGUACAGCCUGCAGGUCUAUGUCCGCCCUUCCAUCAGACGCAGUGGGGGCAGAGCUGAUGAUGUUACCGUGACAAAAGGAGGCGACGUCACCUUACAGUGCAUUGCAGAUGGCAUACCACGUCCAGCGGUCACGUGGCUGAAAGAUGGACGGCCUAUCACAGGCCAGCAAGGGGCCAAGGUCAUGAAUGAGGGGAGGCUGUUGCAGAUUAAAGAUGCCAAGGUGUCAGAUACAGGACGCUACACUUGUAUUGCUGUUAAUGUGGCAGGACAGGCUGACAGCAAGCAUGAUGUCAAUGUACACGUCCCACCCAGUAUCAUUGGUCAGGUACAGGUGCCAGAGAAUGUGAGUGUUGUGGUGAAGAACCCCGUGACUUUGACCUGUGAGGCAUCUGGUAUACCACUUCCUGCCAUGACGUGGCUAAAGGAUGGUCGCCCAAUCAAAGCCACCAGCUCAUUACGCAUCCUCUCAGGAGGGCGAAUUCUGCGUCUGAUGCAUGCCACAGUAGAGGAUGCUGGGAGGUAUACCUGUAUAGUGUCCAACAGUGCUGGAGAGGAAAAGAAGGAUUUUGACCUUGAUAUCCUCAUACCACCUAGUAUUGUGGAUGAAGGAACUGUAUUGGAUACUAAAGUCAAGGAGAAACACAACAUCACCUUAACGUGUGAAGCCAAAGGUAACCCUGUGCCAGAAAUUAAAUGGCUGAAAGACGGGCAGCUGCUGGUACCCAACAGACACUACCAGGUGCUGUCCUACGGCCGCUUCCUCCAGAUAACUGGUGCCCAGGUGGCAGACACGGGCCGGUACAGCUGCCUGGCAUCCAACUCUGCUGGAGACCGCAGCAAGCAUUUCAACCUCAACGUUCUGGUCUCUCCAACCAUUGCUGGGUCAGGUUCUGAUGGGUCUGCAGAGGAGGUGACGGUAACCCUAAGCAGCCCCACCUCCUUGGUGUGUGAAGUCCAAUCCUACCCCCCUGCCCUGAUCACCUGGCUCAAAGAUGGUACCCCAUUUGAGUCCAGUCGCCACAUCCGAGUACUCCCAGGUGGCCGAACACUUCAGAUUCUCAGCGCUAAAGAAGAGGAUGCAGGGAGGUACACUUGUGUGGCCACCAAUGAGGCAGGAGAGACGCUAAAGAACUAUGAGGUCAAAGUAUAUGUUCCCCCUCAGAUUAAUAAGAAUGACAUCCCAGGGGAGGGGCUGGCCCCUAAAGAGAUCAAGAUCAAGGUCAACAACACCCUGACUCUGGAGUGUGAGGCUCAGGCCAUCCCAACCCCAAUGCUACAGUGGUACAAGGAUGGUCAGAUUCUGCAGGCAGAUGACCACGUGUCCAUUACAGCCAACGGUCGUAUUGUUCAGAUCAAGCAUGCUCAGGUGUCGGACACCGGCCGCUACACCUGCAUAGCCAGCAAUGUAGCAGGGGAGGACGAGAAGGACUUUGAUGUAAAUAUACAAGUUCCACCAAGUUUCAACAGACCCGGUGGAGUGGGAGAUGCUACCUCUACUCCAGGCACCAGGGGGGAUGUUAAGGAUGUGAUACUCAAUAACCCUGUUUCUCUGUACUGUGAGACCAAUGCUGUUCCCCCUCCAACACUCACCUGGUACAAAGAUGGUAGAUUAUUGGUCUCCAACGACAAAGUACUCAUCCUACCAGGUGGGCGGGUGUUGCAGAUCCCCAGGACCCAGGCAGAGGACUCGGGUAGAUACACGUGUGUGGCAGUCAAUGAAGCCGGAGAGGACUCCAUUCAAUAUGAUGUUAGAGUAUUAUUGCCCCCUUCUAUCCGGGGCAUAGACGGUGAUCUGCCUGAUGAAGUCACAGUCCUGGUCAAUAAAACGACGUGGUUGGAUUGUCACGUGGAUGGUAUUCCUGCCCCCAAGAUCACAUGGUUUAAGGACAACCAGCCCAUUGGCUUAGCGGGCCCCUACAGAAUCUUGUCCAGUGGGCGCAUACUACAGGUGUUGAAUGCUCAAGUUUCAGACACGGGGCGUUAUGCGUGUGUGGCUGACAAUGUGGCUGGCAGUGCAGAGAAAUCCUUUAACCUCAAUGUGCAUGUGCCCGCUACGAUCGUAGGCCUGAGUCCUGAGAAUGUGACAGUGGUGGUCAACAAUUUUGUUUCACUGACUUGUGAAGCUACUGGCUUUCCCCCUCCCUCCCUAAGAUGGCUAAAUGACAGGGGUCCUGUGCAAGCUAACACCAAUGCACUCAUAAUGCCAGGGGGUCGAACACUACAGAUUCUGAAAGCAAAAGUAUCUGAUGGAGGAAAGUACAGUUGUGUCGCUAUGAACACAGCAGGGGAGGCUCGCAAACUCAUCUACCUCACCGUGUUCGUUCCUCCCAGUAUCCGACACAAUAGCGGGGACUCUCCCGUGCUGGUGAGCGUACGUGUUGGGAACUCGGUGACUCUGGAGUGCGAGUCCAACGCCGUGCCCCCUCCCACCAUCACCUGGUACAAGAACGGCAGGGCUGUGACAGAGUCGGCCAGUCUUCGCAUCCUGGCAGAGGGGCAGAUGCUAGAGAUCAAAGGUGCAGAGGUGUCCGAUACUGGCCAAUAUGUGUGUAAGGCCACUAAUGUUGCCGGUCAAGUGGACAAGAACUUCCACCUCAAUAUCUACAUACCUCCCAGUAUCGAUGGGUUGACAGAGGAGACUGUGGUUGAAACCAUCAGUAACCCAGUCAACUUCAUCUGUGAUGCCACUGGAAUCCCUCCUCCUAGCCUCACCUGGCUUAAGAAUGGGCGCACCAUUGAGCAUUCAGAGUCCCUGGAGAUGCACAUCGUGUCAGGGGGCAGCAAGCUGCAGAUUGCUCGCUCACAGCUUUCUGACAGUGGCACUUAUACCUGUGUGGCUUCCAAUGUGGAAGGCAAGGCAAUGAAGAGCUACCACCUGACCAUUCAAGUGCCUGCUAGUAUAUCUGGAUCGGAGCUCCCCAGGGAUGUGGGAGUCCUACUAAAUGAAAGCAUCCAGCUAGUCUGUCGUGCCCAAGGCAGCCCUCCCCCCACCAUUCAGUGGCUAAAGAAUGGGGAAAAUUUUGACAUUUAUGCUUGAUAACUGAUCAAUAAUUCCCUGUUUAGGAUCAGCCCAGAUGGCAGCACACUAACUGUCUCUGGAGCUCACACCUCCGACAGUGGCAAGUACACGUGUGUGGCCACCAAUGCUGCUGGGGAGGAGGACAGGAUUUUCAAUUUGAAUGUGUAUGUCCCUCCUGUGAUAGAGGGUAAACGUGAGAGGGCUGAGGACUUGACCACAGUUCUGGACAAUUCUAUCAACAUUGAGUGUGUGGCAACAGGAUCUCCUCCACCCCUGCUCAACUGGCUUAGAAAUGGCCUGCCCCUGCCCGUCUCAUCCCAUAUACGCCUCCUCUCUGCUGGACAGGUGCUCCGGAUAACCCGCGCCCAGGUGUCUGAUGGUGGCACCUAUACCUGUGUGGCAUCAAACAGGGCAGGAGUGGACAACAGACAUUACAACCUACAGGUGCAUGUCCCUCCCAGUCUGGAUGGAGCAGGGAGCACAGAGGAAGUGGCUAUAGUGAGAGGAAACCUGGUUUCUCUGCUCUGCAUCGCUGAUGGCAGCCCCAACCCCACCAUGUCCUGGCUCAAAGAGGGGGUGGCGCUGGUCCCUGAGCCACACGUCCUCAUCCUCAACCUGAACACCACCAUGCAGAUCAUUCAGGCCCGGGUCAAUGACACAGGGCGCUACACCUGCGUGGCUAACAACAAAGCAGGACAGACUAGUCGCCACUUCAACCUCAAAGUGCUGGAUCCUCCUCGUAUCAACGGUUCCGGUGUACCAGCGGAGGUCUCUGUGGUGGUUAAUCAUCUUUUGGAGCUGCUGUGUGAGGCUACAGGUAUCCCCACACCUUCCCUGACUUGGCUAAAGGAUGGACGGCCACUCCCCCAGACGGACAGUAUGCGCCUUCUCCAGGGAGGGGAGGUGCUCCGUAUGGCCUCAGCACAGGUAGAGGACACAGGCAGAUACACCUGUCUGGCCAAUAGUCCUGCAGGAGAUGAUGACAUGGACUUCUUAGUUCGAGUGCAUGUUCCACCUAACAUUGCUGGGGAGAGCACACCCCAGGACAUGUCAGUGCUGCAGGGUAGACAGGUGUCUCUGGAGUGCAAGUCUGAUGCUGUCCCACCUCCAACUCUCACCUGGCUCAAAGAUGGCAAACCACUACAGGCCUCUGCUCGUGUGCGCAUUCUGUCCAGUGGCCGCUAUGUACAGAUCAACAUGGCUCAGAUUGACGAUGGGGCUCAGUACACCUGCGUUUCCAGUAAUAUUGCUGGCAAGACCACACGGGAAUUUAAUCUAGUCAUCAAUGUGGCUCCCACCAUCAAGGAAGGUCCCCAAACCAUUUCAGUGCACGUAAACCAGCCAGUGGUCCUAGAGUGUGUAGUUAGCGGAGUGCCACCACCUCGCAUCACUUGGAGGAAACAUGGGGCCAUUUUGGGAGGAAGCAACCCUAGGUACACAUUUGCAGAGGAUGGAUCUUUACACAUCCACUCUGCCCAGGUGACUGACACAGGCCACUAUCUGUGCAUGGCCACAAACCAGGCUGGGACACAACGCAAGCGAGUGGAUCUGCAAGUACAUGUGCCCCCUUCCAUUGCUGACAGCCGAACCAAUGUCACUGUGACAGUGAACGUUCAGACUACCCUUUCUUGCGAAGCCACUGGCAUCCCAAAGCCCACAGUUACUUGGAUGAAGAAUGGCAGGGCCAUCAAUACUGACCAGAACCAGAAUAUGUACAGGUUACUUUCUUCAGGCUCCCUUGUUGUUAUAGCACCCUCAGUGGAGGAUACAGCCGUGUAUGAGUGUGUGGUGUCCAAUGAGGCAGGAGAGGAGACCAGAGCUAUUAAUCUUACUGUCCAGGUUCCUCCAUCUAUAGCCGACGAGUCCACCGAGCUGGUGGUGACAAGGCUGUCCCCGGUGGUCAUCGGCUGUACUGCGUCUGGGGUCCCAGAGCCUUUUCUCCACUGGAGCAAAGACGGCAUGAAGCUGGCCAAAUGGGGUCCAGGAUACAACAUAUUGGACUCAGGUCCAAUCGAGAUCACCUCAGCUGAGUUGAGUCACGCUGGACGUUACACGUGUGUGGCCAAGAAUGCUGCAGGCUCUGCCCACAGACAUGUGCAGCUCACUGUGCAGGAGAUCCCAGUGAUCCAGCCCCACCCAUCCACCCUAGAUGUAAUCCUGAACAACCCCAUUACUCUUCCCUGCAGGGCCACAGGCACCCCCAGACCCACCAUAUCCUGGCAGAAGGAAGGCAUCAAUAUCCCCACCUCUGGUGGUGUUUUUACAGUGCUGCCUAAUGGAGGACUGCAGAUCUCCAAAGCCUCUGUGUCAGACUCUGGGACUUACAUGUGUGUGGCUCAGAACCCAGCUGGCACAGCCCUGGGCAAGACCAAACUCAGAGUACAGGUCCCCCCAGUGAUCAGUGCAGAGACUCGGAGUUAUAUUGUGCCUUUGGAUUUGUCUGUGACCCUUCAGUGCCAAGCUGAGGGGUCACCCACCCCCUCUGUCAGCUGGCACAAAAAUGGACAGCAGCUGAGUGAAUCUAUACGUCAUCGGGUGCGGAGUACAGGAUCUCUGCAGAUAGCCUUUGUCCAGCCCACUGAUACUGGUCACUAUACCUGUACCGCCGCCAACGCAGCAGGCACCUCUAGUGUGGAGAUGACCCUUACUGUACAGGUCCCACCCUCUAUUCACGAUGGAGAAUUGGAGGUAGCUGUGGUGGAGAACCGCCAGGCCCAGCUGGUAUGUGUGGCAGAGGGGGUCCCCCAGCCCACCUUGUCUUGGGAGAAGGAGGGCAUCCCCAUCAGUGACAGCACAGGGGAGUAUACCAUCCUGCCAUCAGGAGAGCUGGUCAUAGACAUUGUGCAGCCUGAUGAUGCGGGCAGCUACACCUGUGUGGCCACUAAUGCAGUGGGGCAGGACAGUCGCACUAUGACCCUCUCCGUCCACACUCACCCUGCCUUCACGGAGCUGCAGGGGGAUGUCGCCUUAAACAAGGGGGAGCGCCUUGUGUUGUCCUGUGGAGCCACUGGUGUUCCUCCACCUAAAAUCACCUGGGCCUUUAACAACAACAUUAUCCCAGCUCACUUUGACCAUUUAAACGGCCACAGUGAGUUGCUGGUAGAAAGAGUGAGUAAAGAUGAUUCGGGCACCUACUCCUGUAUGGCAGAAAACAAUGUGGGAACCAUCAAGUCACUGGGCUUUGUCUUUGUCAAAGAGCCACCCAUCAUUGAUGGGGACCUCCAUUCCAACCGUAUUGAGCCACUGGGGGGCAAUGCCAUUCUGAACUGUGAGGUGCGAGGAGACCCCUCCCCCACCAUCCAGUGGAGCAAGAACGGUGUCAACAUCCAGAUUAGCAACCGUAUUCGCCAGCUAGACAAUGGCUCUCUGGCCAUCUACGGCACAGUGGGUGAAGAUGCAGGGAAUUACAUGUGCGUGGCAACUAAUGAUGCCGGGGUGAUAGAAAGGAGUGUCACACUUACCUUGCAGAGUGCCCCCACCAUCACCGUGGAGCCAGUGGAAACAGUGGUGGAUGCCGGCACCACUAUGGUGCUGAACUGCCAGGCAGAGGGAGAGCCCACCCCGGUCAUAGAGUGGUCCCGCCAGGGCCGCCCUCUGCUGGGCAACGACCGUUUCUCCACCCUGUCCAACGGCUCGCUCAGGGUCAGCAGCGCCCAGAAGGAGGACACGGCUGAGUACGAAUGUGUGGCCAGGAACUUGCUUGGGUCGGUGCUGGUCAGGGUCGUUCUCACUGUGCGGGUUCAUGGAGGCUACUCAGAAUGGAUGGAGUGGGCAGCCUGUAGCGUGACCUGUGGCAUUGGUGCCCAAAAGAGGCUGAGGCAAUGUAACAACCCUCUACCUGCCAACGGAGGGCGUCAUUGCACAGGGUCAGACACAGAGACACGUAGUUGCCAAGGAAAGCCUUGUCCAGUGGAUGGUAACUGGUCAGAGUGGUCCUCUUGGGAAGAGUGCUCUCGUACCUGUGGUCAGGGUAACAGAACCAGGGUCCGCACCUGCAAUAACCCCCCAGCCCAACAUGGGGGUAGAACAUGCGAUGGCAAGGCAGUGGAGGUCAUAAUGUGUAGCGUUCGGCCCUGCCCUGUGGCGGGUAACUGGGGCUCCUGGCUACCAUGGACCGCGUGCAGCGAGACCUGUGGUAAGGGCAUGCAAUCCAGAAUCCGGCUGUGUAACAACCCUCCACCAGUAUUUGAUGGGCCACAGUGCGAGGGACCAGAUACUCAAACACAAAUCUGCAAGGAGAGUCCCUGUCCCGUUGACGGGAAAUGGUCUUCAUGGGUGAGCUGGGGAGCCUGCAGUGUUUCCUGUGGGGGUGGAACCAGACAGAGGACACGUCUCUGUGCCAGCCCUGCCGUUCAGCAUGGUGGCCGGCAGUGUGAGGGCAAUGAUGUACAAAUAGACUUCUGCAACAGUGACCCCUGCCCCAUCCAUGGUAACUGGGGUCCAUGGAGUAGCUGGGGCGGCUGCAGCAGGACAUGCAAUGGUGGUCAGAUGAGGCGCUACAGAACAUGUGAAAACCCCAGACCAGCCAACGGAGGCAGAGCAUGUGCGGGGGCAGACACACAGAUACAGAGGUGCAGCACAGCCAACUGCCCAGUCAAUGGAAAUUGGGGUCCGUGGCAGCCCUGGGGAGAAUGUUCUGCUUCCUGCGGGGGUGGGGACAGAGCACGUGUUCGUCUGUGCAACAGCCCAUCUCCAAGUAACGUGGGCAGGCCAUGUCCAGGAGACUCCUCUCAGCUGUCCAAGUGUAACACUCAGGCCUGCCCAGGUGGGCCCCAGAAAGCGCGGGGGAGCAUCAUAGGGAACAUCAACAAUAUUGAGUUUGGGAUCGCCAUUCUCAAUGCCACCAUCUCAGACAGCCAGUCGGGGGGAAGAGUUACACAGGCCACAAUUUCCAAUGUGCCCAGGACAUUAGGCCCAGCCAUGAGGAAGCUGAUCUCCAUCCUGAACCCAAUCUACUGGACCACAGCACAGGAAGUAGGAGAAGCUGUUAAUGGCUACACGCUAACAGGAGGGGUUUUCAGGCGUGAGACUCAGGUGGAGUUUGCCACAGGUGAGAUCUUGAGGAUGACUCAUGUUGCCAGGGGUCUGGAUUCAGAUGGAGCACUGCUAUUGGACAUCGUAGUAAAUGGACACAUCUUGCAACUGCCCUCACAUGCUGACAUCAGCAUCAAGGACUACACAGAAGACUAUAUCCAAACAGGGCCCGGCCAGCUGUAUGCUCUGUCCACUCGCAUGUUCAGCAUUGACAGGGAGAGUGUGCCCUACUCAUGGAACCACACAAUCACCUACGACCCGUCUAAGGGCAAAAUGCCCUAUCUAGUAGAGACACUGCAGGCCACAGCCAUUACUGCACACUACCACCCCCUGGAGGAGGUGUUGGAGUAUAAAAUCCAUGCCAUUAUUUCCAAGGGUGAACGCAGUAACCAGUGUCCUCAUGGCUUCAGUUUGGAUUCAUCUGGGCCCUACUGUGCCGAUGAGAAUGAGUGUGAAGCGGGUAACCCCUGUUCUCAUGCCUGCCACAAUGCCAUGGGCACCUACUACUGCUCCUGUCCACGAGGACUUACGAUCUCUGCUGACGGCCGGACCUGUCAGGAUAUUGAUGAGUGUUCCUUGGGUGUGCACAUGUGCCAUGACGGACAGGACUGUCAGAAUGCCAUUGGCUCAUACCGCUGUGUGAUGCGCUGUGGGCGGGGUUUCAGGAGGACGGCAGAUGGCCUAAGCUGCACAGAUGUGAAUGAAUGUCAGGAGUCAAACCCAUGCAAUCAGCACUGCCUAAACACCAUUGGUAGCUACCGCUGUGCCUGCGAGCCAGGUUACCAACUCAGGAACCGACGCUGUAUAGAUAUAAACGAGUGCAGACAGAGGGUGUGUCGCUUAGACCAGCAAUGCAAGAACACGCGUGGUGGCUACACCUGUAUUGACUUGUGUCCUAAUGGUAUGACCAAAGGUGCCAAUGGAACCUGUGUGGACAUUGACGAAUGCCGAGACGGCACCCAUCAGUGCAGAUACAACCAGAUCUGUGAGAACACCCGAGGCAGCUACCACUGCACCUGUCCCCGUGGCUACCGUUCUCAGGGGGUGGGGCAGCCUUGUGUUGACAUUAAUGAAUGUGAACGGCUGCCUCAGCCCUGCGCCCACCAGUGCGUCAACACUCCUGGCAGCUACAAGUGCACCUGCCCACCAGGACGCCACCUGUUGGGGGAUGGCAAAUCCUGCGCUGGGCUGGAGAGGCUCCGCAGCUACGAGAGCUAUUUAUACGGCUACCGAACCUCACAGUCCUCUCCCGAGCGAAGUUCCCAUCACCGCUUUUACCACAACCUAGCCUCUCAGAGCUACCACUCUUACGCAGCCAACACAAGGGAGCACAAUAGAGGUCGUAGCCGCAGGGAGACCCACACACUAUGUGUUAACAGACAUAAAUGAGUGUGAGAUGAGAGACACCUGCCAGCAUGAAUGUAUGAACACUCCAGGGAGCCAUAGGUGUCUCUGUCCUGCUGGCUACCGCCUCAUGACCAACGGAAAGACAUGUCAAGAUAUUGACGAGUGUCUGGAGCAGAAUAUACAGUGCGGGGCCAACAGGAUGUGCUUCAACAUGAGAGGAAGUUACCAGUGUAUUGACACACCUUGUCCGCCGAAUUACCAGAGAGACCCAGCCACAGGAUUCUGCCUGAAGAACUGUCCACCCAAUGACCUGGAGUGUGCACUGAGCCCCUACGCUCUGGAAUAUAAGCUGUUAUCCCUCCCAUUUGGCAUCGCAGCCAAUCAGGACCUAAUCAGGCUAGUGGCCUACACACAGGACGGCGUGAUGCACCCCAGAACCUCUUUCCUUGUGGUGGAUGAGGACGUCACAUUACCUUUUGCUCUGCGGGAUGAGAACCUGAAGGGUGUGCUGUUCACCACGCAGGCACUGCGGGAGCCCCACACUUACCGCAUGAAGGUGCGAGCGCUGUCCUACAGUGAAAACGGAGGCAUCGAGUACCAGACUACGUUUAUUGUCUACAUUGCUGUCUCCGCCUACCCCUACUGAGAGCACUUUACAUGAUGCGAGAGGAAGAGGCAGAGACAAAUCAUCAACAUCCUCUGUGUGCAGUACCGCUAAAAUAGAGCAAGCCCGUGAGUGGGUCAGUGUGGUCUGGAAAGAUGGCCACAUCAGUAAAUUGACUUUUUUUUUUAAAGGGAGACUUUCUCAGAGUGUGGGAGAGAGGCCAGUGUGGGAGAACCGUACUGAAAAACCUACAAAGUAGAUUGACAGUGUGUGUAAUAUUGAGCACCAGGUGCGUUUUACAAAGGUUUAAUACGGGGGCUCUUUUUAUGGGCAAACAUGGCUCAUAACUGGCCUGAUUCCCCAAAACCCUUUUGACAAUACUUCAUCCGGACUUUUCUGUUUAAAUGAUGAGUAGUUUGUCUAGAUAUGCCCCCCCCCCGUCCCAAAAGAACGUUAUUUAUGAAUUAUCUGGAAUGACUCCUUAGAGUCGAUAGGUCCACAGCUGGCCCAGAAUGUAGCCUCCCACCCUCCUCACACCAAAGGUCAGCGUAUAUUUACAUCUACCUAUUAUUAACUUAUUGGGAAGUGCUUGAACAUGAAAAAUGGGCAGUUCCCAUCCUUGCUUAGGCCCUGUGAGACCAGUCCCUUAAGCACUGAUGUGACUGCAUACAAGUAAUUUUCAUCAGCCUUGUAACGUGUUUUAUCCUGGUAUAAUAAAACUUGACUGACAAACACUCAUUGUCCUCAGGUAAUUGCCCAUCAUAGUAUCCCUGUUUCACACAGCAUAUCCAUUAGAAACCAGUUGUCCUUACCGUCCUAUAAUAUCCCAUCCAUAGUCAACUGCCAAGAUGUAUUGUAUUUUUAUGAUUUGUAUAUAGGUGUUUUUCCUCAUUGUAUUGCUAUACUGUACCAAUUUUUUAUAAGAAAAUGUAAUAAAA